CAGUUGAAUAAAUACUAACACAAUUUGAUAACAUGUCAAUUUGAUGUAUAUAUAUAUAUAUUAGUAUUUAGAAAUAUUAAGAAAAUGAUGUGUAAAAAUGAUGGAUAUAGGAUUCACCGUGCUGGGCCUCGUGAGAAAAUAUACUUCAAACCAGAAGAUGUGAAGGCUGCAAUUAUAACUUGUGGCGGACUCUGUCCUGGGCUUAAUGAUGUCAUACGACAGAUUGUCAUCACCCUGGAGAUUUAUGGUGUGAAAAAGAUUGUGGGGAUCCCUUUUGGAUAUCGUGGAUUUGGCAACGAAUUAGCUGAAAUACCAUUGUCCAGGAAGGUUGUUCAAAAUGUCCAUCUUUCUGGUGGAAGCUUGUUAGGAGUUUCUCGUGGAGGACCAAAUGUCAGUGAAAUUGUGGAUAGCAUGCAGGAAAGAGGAAUCAACAUGCUUUUUGUGCUGGGUGGGAAUGGAACACAUGCGGGUGCUAAUGCAAUACACAAUGAGUUGAUAAAACGAGGGUUAAAGGUGGCUGUAGUUGGUGUUCCCAAAACUAUAGAUAAUGAUAUUUUGCUGAUGGAUAAGACAUUUGGUUUUGAUACUGCUGUAGAGGAAGCACAAAGAGCCAUAAAUUCUGCAUACAUUGAAGCGCAUAGUGCUUAUCGUGGUGUUGGAAUUGUAAAAUUGAUGGGGCGUAGUAGUGGUUUUAUAGCUAUGCAAGCAGCUCUUGCUAGUGGCCAGAUUGAUAUAUGUUUGAUUCCUGAGGUACCCUUUGAGUUGCAUGGGCCACAUGGUGUCCUAAAACAUCUAAAGUAUCUACUUGAGACAAAGGGAUCAGCUGUCAUCUGUGUAGCAGAGGGAGCCGGUCAGAACUUUUUGGAGAAAACAAAUGCUAAGGAUGCAUCUGGGAACGUUGUACUUGGAGAUAUUGGCGUUCAUAUACAACAGGAGAUAAAAAAAUAUUUCAAAGAGAUUGGGGAUCCAGCUGAUGUGAAAUACAUUGAUCCUACAUACAUGAUCCGUGCCUGCCGAGCAAACGCAUCAGACGGAAUCCUCUGCACCGUGCUCGGUCAAAAUGCUGUCCAUGGUGCAUUUGCUGGAUAUAGUGGCAUCACAGUCGGCAUAUGCAACACUCACUACGUCUACCUUCCUAUUCCUCAAGUCAUAUCUUAUCCCAGGACAGUCGAUCCAAACAGCCGCAUGUGGCAUCGUUGCUUGACAUCUACUGGCCAGCCCGAUUUUAUUUAAUCCAAAAUUCAAUUCGGACAAAUUUUGAAAUUUACAUAAAUCAUAAACAAGACUUGUUAGUCUCACAAAUAAUACACACACAGGAACAAGGGGGCAUGCAUUCUGCUUCCGACAACUACAAAUAAUUUAUGGUAACAGACCCACACUCACACCCACCCAACUAUGGGAAGUGCACUGCACUGUUGCUUUCUUGGUUCAUGUAGAAUUUUGUUUACUUAGUUAGCUGUAAC